AGUCAGUUGAAAUUGGAGCUGGCUGGGAAGAGUCAGCAAACUGCGUCAUAAAUGCAAAAAUACUUGAAAUAUUUUACACAAAACAAUAACAAAUGAAAAACCACAAUAUAUAAUAUAAUAUAAAAGAAGAGAAAAGAAGCCACAAAGCAGCAAAGAAGAGGAAACAAAGGUGGUGCAGAACCAGCAGCAAAACCAGAAGGAUAGAGAGCAAAAGAACAUUCCAAGAAACGAGAGUCAUAUAAGUCAAAACGGAAAUUGGCACUUGUCACACUGAAUAAAGAGGAAAUGGGGCCCUAGUGCUAUGGGGUUACGGUGGCGAUAAGAAGGAAGUGGCGCAGCUGAAAGAGAAAUAACAACAACUACAACAACGAGCUGACGUCAUUUUCUGUGUGUGGGGAAAGAGGCAAGAGAAGAAGCUGGUCAACUGCCACAAAGGGGCAACUUGGAGGGGAGAAUUAAAUGCAAACGUAUUGAAAAAGAUAAGACCUCGAGGUCAGUCAAUCGAGAAGAAGCGAUAGAAGCUCAUCAAACGCUGUAACCAUGCCAGUAACGCCUGGAACUCCAGACUCGUCACACAUGAUCUUGGGCGCUGCCGCUUUUGUGGUCCAUGAGCGAAGACAGCCAAAUAAAUCGCUAAUGAAUUGCUUUCGAGAUCGCACCCCAUCAUCGGCAUCGUUGGCAAAUAACUCAUCCGCCCAUGUGUACGCAAGAUCGCAGAGUUCCCUCAAUGGUGGUGCCAUCACACUUGAUGCCGGUCGUCCGGAGGCGGUGGUCUUACUCAGGGAGCUACGAAGGAAGCCCAAUAAACUGGCCUUGCUGAAAAGUAGCAGUACAAAGGAUCUAACACGCCUCUUCGCCGACGAACCCAUGGCAUUAGUGUCGAAUACCAGUUUGGAUUCCAAUUCCAGUUCAGCCGGAACGGCUAGUCCGGCAGCAGCUCGUGCCAGUCUUAGUGGGCGAACGCGUGAAUGUUGUGCGGCAUGUUCCAAGCGUUGGCAUGAUCUCAAACAGCGUAUGCAUACAUUGGAGCAGGAUCUGCAGGUCCAGACCAGCUAUAACCAUGAUCUGGAAGUGAAAGUUACGGAAUUGACGCGUCAGGUGAAUGAUCUUCUGCAACUGCAGGAGACCAGGGAUCGUAAGGCUGCUGCUGCGGAGGGCAAGCAAGGUGGUGGUAAACGAAUCGGUGGUGGUGGUGGCGGCGGCGGUAGUGGGAGUGGAGCCAGCGGUGGUGGUGGAGUUUCACGCUUGCCUGCCUGGAUGAAUCUGUCGAAUUGGUGGAAAUCCCGUCCCUCGGUGGAGACAUUGAGAGAGCAGCAUAUAUUCUUUGAUGAGCCAUGCUUCGACACCGAAUUGGAAUUGGUACUAAAGCACGAUCAACACAAAACCGUGCCACGCAUUGUCGUCGAAUGUUGUGACCUGAUCGAACAGCAAUAUCGCCAGUCCACAGAACCGAUCGUUGGCAUCUAUCGCCAAUGUGGGGACUAUAAUAAAAUACAAACAUUACGCUUCAAUAUCGAUGCCAAUGACUAUGAGUCGCUGCAUCAUUCCAAAGUUGAUAUACACACAUUAACUGGUGUCCUGAAGCUGUUUCUACGUGAGAUCAAGAGUCCUUUGAUUAGUGUGAACGAGGCGAAAACCUUUAUAGGUAAUCCCAAUCAAUGGUUGCUUACGGAAUUCUCUCUUAAAUUGGAUAUACUGAAAAGACUGAUAAGAUCUUUACCAGAAACUAAUCGGGAUACCAUGGAAUAUAUAUUUGGUCAUUUUAAUCGGCUCACAAAGGUUCCAUUGCAACAGAUCAAUUCGGAAACAUUAGCCAUAUCGAUAUCACCAUCAAUUUUUCAUACUGUUCCCCAAGGUGCUCAUAUGCAGGAUUUACAACAACUCCUAAGAGAAGGUGAAACCCUUGCCGAUUGUGUUAGGAUCAUGAUCGAGUACAAGAGUCGGAUAUUUGAAUGCACAGCCGAUCGUCGUCGCAUCAGCGUUAAGAACCUAAAGAAGACACUUUCACAACCGGAUUUACUAUUUCGUAAUAGAUUCUAAAAUUCUAAAAAAAUAUCAAAAUGGCGAUCUAUCUUUGGAGAAGUGAAAAGAAAGAGAGAGAAAGAGUAAAAUUUUGUAUAUAACUCAACUCAAUGCAUUAAUACUUAAGCAAAUAUCUAUUAUAAAAACUAUCAAAAUAUUAAAGUUAUUAAAUUAAAA